AUGGUGAAGGCAGUGGUCUAUGCGCUGCUUGCCACCGCCUUUAUCCUUGUCAUGGUCUUCUGUCCCUCCAAACAACAUGGCCACCACCAUCAUCUUGGCCUAAACCGGCGUCUUGGCUUCGGAGAUCAUGUCCCGGUUUUCGACCCUCUUGUUGCCAAUAUGGAGCGAUAUGGGGAGGAAAAUGGAUUAGGAGGCCAAACUCAUAACCUGGAUUUGGUGGAACACAGUCCCAUGAUGGAUACCAGUGAGGUUGAAGAAGUACAUGAAUAUUUUAGCGACGAGGGAAAGUUGAACCUCACAUUGAGGCUGCUCAGUUUGUUCCCUUUGAUAGACCAGGCACCAAAAGAUAGCUACAUUAGCUCCAAUGAGCUCAAGCACUGGCUCACACAACAGGCCGUGGUAAGGUUGAAUUACAGAACCCAAAAAGAAAUGGAAUCGUACGAUAAAGAUGGGGAUGGAACCAUUUCUUUCAGCGAGUAUCAGCCCAAGUUUUCCAGUCAGGAUCUCGAGAAAAAUGGAAUGGAGCAUGGAGAAGCUGGAUGGUGGAAGCAGCAAUUUGAUAAUGCAGAUGCUGAUAAGAAUGGAACUCUUACCUUCAAUGAAUUUAAAGAACGGAUGGACCAGGAUAACGACGGAAAACUAAAUUUCAUGGAAUUUUCACACAACGCUUAUGAUAGUUUCAAGAGUUACGUCGAAUUCGAAACAGGCGGGGCCAAAGCACCCACAGCAGAAGAGAAAUUUGCAGAGCUUGAUUUGAACAAGGACAAUCUCUUGGAAGUGGAAGAAUUGAAACCCCUGCUGCAUUACCUUCACCCAGGAGAACUGUCCUAUACUAAUUAUUAUGCAAGUUUUCUUAUGUCUGAGGCCGAUGAUAACAAAGACGGCAAAUUAACGCUGGAUGAGAUGUUGGAUCAUGAUUAUAUUUUCUACAGCACAGUCUAUGAUACCGGAGUUAAUGACGAUAAUGAAGAAGAUUAUCAUGACGAAUUCUAA